AUUGCAGUCCUAUCGCUACUGUUGAUAGUAACGCUUGUAAUUGUGAUAUACGUAACACAUAGGACGUGGCGCGGGUCCGACGCUAUUGAGAAAAAGCGCGAGUGCAAUAAAGUACAAGUGGCUCUGAAGCUUUCACCAACACUUUGGUAUGCUGUCGCCAAUGUUUAUGCUAAUCGCAGCAGUGUUUGUCGCGAUCCUUCACGCAAAUGGGAGAAGAAUUCGUAAUGUUGAUUCUAAUGGAAUUUCAGUGAUUCAGGAUGAAACGUACGAAUCGGCUCUACCCCGUUUCGCCGAACAGAUUCCGAAUGUGACAGUAGUGGUUGGCCGUGACGCCCUGCUAACAUGCGUGGUGGACAACUUGCGAGGGUUUAAGGUGGCAUGGGUCCGCGUGGACACCCAAACUAUUUUGUCAAUCCACCAUAACAAGAUAACUCAAAAUCCACGAAUAUCUCUCAGUUACAACGACCACAGAACGUGGUACUUACACAUCCAGAAUGUUCAAGAAUCCGAUAGAGGGUGGUACAUGUGUCAAGUCAAUACCGACCCUAUGCGAAGUAGACAAGGAUAUCUACAAGUUGUUGUGCCACCGAAAAUUAUCGAUAGGGAAACUAGUGGCGAUAUGGUCGUUUUAGAAUCAACGAAUGUCAGUCUUACAUGCAAAGCGACCGGAUCCCCUGAGCCGUAUAUAAUGUGGAGGAGGGAAGAUGGUGAAGACAUUAGAUAUAACGGAGAGAAUGUGAACGUUGUCGACGGCGAAGUGCUCUUCAUAACAAAAGUGAGCCGUCUGCACAUGGGAGUGUACUUAUGCAUAGCGUCGAACGGUAUUCCACCUUCGAUCAGCAAGAGGGUGACUCUCAAAGUGCAGUUUCCGCCGAUGCUGUCGAUACCGAACCAGCUGGAGGGAGCGUAUUUGGGACAGGACGUCUCCCUCGAGUGUCACACCGAAGCCUUUCCCACAUCCAUAAAUUACUGGACAACCGAGCGAGGCGACAUGAUUAUUUCAGAUUCUGAAGAUUUCUUACCCCCUAUCCCGCUAUAACCCUCCAUAACGUUUUGCAAAAGCCCUCCCCCUACC